CACUGGCUCCGAAUUCGCAGUUAUCCAUUACCCCUAAUGGCUGAUCGCGACUACGCUGCACCCUUGAAGCCAGAGCGGAGGAAGUCAUUGUGGGCUAGGAUCACAGACGGUCUUCAUCUGACUACUGACUGGGACUCGGCGCCUCCUCUGACAGCGGGUCUGCGGGAACAGUUCCCUGAUCUUGCGCCCGAGGGAGCACCUGUCGAAGAAUUCUCUCCUGUGCCUCCCGUACCAGAAACCUUACAGCUGGGCUAUCACACAGCAGCGUCAAGCAACCUGCGACACACACGUAACGACAGCGUACAAGAAGGAAGUUCGCACAGUACUGAUCAAUGCGGCCCACGCGCCGUCAGUCAGACUGCAUAUCAGCAGCGUAGUGCCAGUAACAUUAUCUACCAACGCAAUGCUCACAGUCAACUACUUCCAACUGCAUACACACCAUCACGAAAUUACACAAUCCGCCGAAGACCAGUGCAAUCCUCACUCCACAACCAAGUGCACCAGGAAGACAGCCGCCUCUCUCAUGUCAACGAGACCAGCGCCAACUCCAACAACAGUACCGCCAACAACGAGCACUUUACACCUGGAGCGCUUCCAACUGUCGGUUACAGUCACAUCCCGGUUUACUCGCCCUUACCUUCUACCAAGCCUCACGGUUUGCCUCCACCACACGUGCGCUCUUCACCUGCAGCUAGGCACGCAGCUUCUACGCACACUCGCGACCAGACAUCGUCGGGUCCAUAUGAAGACCGCGGUCAAGGCACCUCCCACCCUUCCGUCGCAGAGCUACAGGGAGUCACAUCCGGUCCAGCAAACACUUCACUUAGUCUCUCAGAGCUUCAGGAACUCGAAAGGAGUCUAAUGUACACUCCUCCUGGGUUUCCUCACAUCCCACUCCUCCCCCUCUCAACUCCGCCAAUCCUCCUUCGCUCAGCCCCAAGCAACGCUAGCGUCGCCACAUCCGAAAACCCGAACCCCUCCUCACGUCCCUUGAACCUGUUCGAAGCAAACAUCGCCGGGCUGAAGCAGCACUUCAGCGGCGGACACUGAUCUUGGAAAGCUUGAGCUAUCAAAUUUGGGGCGAGGAUCAAGCACCAUUCGAGAGUGUUGUGGGGUGUAGAUGAGAGGGUGAGGCUUAAUGCGAGACUGGAUGUGUGGAUGUUUGGGCCGCUGGAGGGGUUUAUGUGUGAGGUUUGUGUGUGGAAGAGGGGGGAGGACCCUAGGACGGCAACGUCGCCUGGGCAUGAUGUGCGGG